AUGUUGAGCAACUUAAAUGUAGUGUCGCUGUACCUCGACCCCCAAAUACGGGACUGGGUACUCUUCCCGAUCACCCUUGUAAUGAUAUUGGUUGGGAUACUGCGUCAUUAUGUUGUCAUUUUACUGCAGUCACCACCAAAAAAACUGUCCAGAGCUGCCAUUCGGGAACAGCGUGCUCUGGUUCAUUCGCAGGUAUUACGUGCGACAUCCACUAACUCCCCCGUGCCAGAGUCGUUCUACAAGUCUAUAUCUCAGAAUCUCUCGCAAGCCUUCACAGCCGGCACCUAUCUGAAGGACGGUCCUCCGCAGGGAGAUGCGCCCUCGACUCCCCCAAAUCCCCUCUCUGACCCAAAUGCAAUGGACGGUAUGAUGGCGGGAAUGAAGACUCAGAUGGUCAUGAUGGUCCCGCAAAUGGUUAUCAUGGGAUGGAUAAAUUUCUUCUUCCAAGGGUUUGUGCUUAUCAAGUUACCGUUCCCUCUGACCCUCGGCUUCAAGUCUAUGCUCCAGCGCGGUAUUGAAACACCCGACAUGGACGUCAGAUGGGUCUCUUCUCUGUCCUGGUACUUCCUCAACUUCUUCGGUCUGAAUGGCUUGUACCGCCUGAUCCUUGGCGGAGAUAACGCUGCUGACGCUGCGCGUGAUAUGGCGACUCCAUUCGCGGCCGGGGUCCCGCAAGCGCCGGGACAAGCUCAGGAUUACAACAAGCUACUCAUAGCGGAGAAGGAUAAUCUUGAGCUUGCCGAAGGGUUGUACUCUUGGGUAGGGAAGGACGUGGAACAGAGGGUGCUUAGAAGAUAUGGGAAAUUCCCUCCAUCGUCGUAG